GGCUACCCUGACUAACUUCUUGUAAGAGCCACGUCUUCGACAGGCAGUUCUUUUGGUGUAAGAAUAGGUCUCGAAUUUUAGUCAUAAGCACCGUGAUCCACGAUGCUGCCUAAGUAUUUUAGUUUUCUUUUCGUGCUAUUUGUUACUGUCCUAGCCGAAGAAAAAGAUGUAUUGGAGCUUACGGACGAUACUUUCAGCCAUGAAUUAGAUCGGCUAGAGAACACGCUUGUUAUGUUUUACGCACCAUGGUGUGGUCAUUGUAAACGAUUGAAACCAGAAUAUGCAAAAGCUGCUGAGUUACUUUUGGGCAAUGACCCUCCGAUUACUCUUGCCAAAGUAGACUGUACAGAAAGUGGAAAGGAAACAUGUAACAAAUAUUCUGUUAGUGGCUAUCCAACAUUGAAAAUCUUUUUCAAAGGUGAUUUUGUUAGCGAUUACAAUGGACCUAGAGAAGCUGCAGGCAUUGCUAAAUACAUGAAGGCACAAGUUGGACCUGCAUCCAAAGAAUUAACUGGUGAAAAUUGUUUGAAAUCAUUCUUAGAGUCUGAUGAAGUUGGUAUUGUGGGUUUCUUUGAGAAGGAUGAUUCACCUUUGUCAAAAUCUUUCCAUUCUGUGUCUAAGAAACUUAAAGAGAAAGUUAGAUUUGCUCACACAACUUCAAAGUCUCUUAUGGACAAGGAAGGAUACAAGAACACUAUUGUUUUGUACCGACCCAAAUUGUUGCAGAAUAAGUUUGAACCAAAUACUGUAAAAUAUGAGGGUGAUGAUUCUAUCAGUGAAGUGCAAGAAUUUGUCAACAAGAACUACUUCGGUAUUGCGGGUGUUCGUACACGAGACAACGCUGGAGAGUUCAAAAAUCCACUAGUCGUCGCAUACUAUGCCGUGGAUUAUGUAAAGAAUCCCAAGGGUACAAACUACUGGCGCAACAGAAUCAUCAAAGUUGCCAAAGACUUCCCCAGCUUAAAUUUCGCUAUUUCUUCCAAAGACGACUUCCAACAUGAACUGAACGAUUUUGGAAUCGAUUUCGUGAAAGGCGAUAAGCCUGUUAUUUUGGCAAGAAACGCAAACAAUCAGAAAUUUGUCAUGAAAGAUGAAUUCUCGGUCGAUGCGUUUGAAGUAUUUUUGAAAGAUUUAGAAGCGGGUAGUUUAGAACCAUACUUGAAAUCUGAAGCUAUUCCUAAAGAUAACACUGGACCAGUUAAGGUCGCAGUAGCACGAAACUUCGAUGAAGUUGUUACCAAUAAUGGUAAAGACACGUUGAUCGAAUUCUAUGCCCCGUGGUGUGGUCAUUGUAAAAAAUUAGCACCGGAUUAUGACAAAUUGGGUGAGAAAUUAGAGGACGAAGAUGUCGAGAUCGUGAAGUUUGAUGCGACGGCUAACGAUGUUCCUGCACCAUACGAAGUUCGAGGAUUCCCAACACUUUACUGGGCACCCAAAAAUGCCAAGGAUAAUCCUGUUAAAUACGAAGGUGGCAGAACAAUCGAUGAUUUCAUCAAGUACAUUGCCAAGCACGCGACUGACGAGCUUAAAGGAUUCGAUCGUAAAGGCAAACCUACCAAGCCAAGAACUGAUGAAUUAUAAUUUUUUUUAACAAUACAUACAGGAUUGUUUAUCACAUCUUUUAUAUAAGUCAGCGGCAAAAACUGGAGUGAAAUAUUUCUUGUAUGACUUACAAGUGUAAGAACUGAAUGAAAAGGUUUAACAUUUUUUUUUUAUUUUAAAAAUAGAAUUAAAAGUCGGUAAUGCGUGCUGCGCAUUUAUUUUACAGAGCAUUUGAAAGCAACGUGAAACAUAACUAGCGUAAGGUGAUCUAAGUAUAUUAUGUAACUUUAUAAUAUUGUAAAUCGUGUAAACUAUGCAGAACUGAUUUAGAAUUAUUGUGGUAAUGUUUUCCAGAUUCAAUGAAUUACAGUUAAGAUUGAAUUUUCCAUUCCAUUUUCCAUGAUUGACUAUCCUAGAUUGAAGUCAAUGCAUUCAUGCUUUGUUUGUACCAAAAGUAAUAAUAAAUUGUUUUAUAUGAAA